AUGUCCGUGCAACCUGGUUGUUCUUCGCUUUGGGUCACCUUCUCGGGCACCCUUGACCGAAACAUCCUUUGCCAUAACGUUCAACCCAAACCAAAUUUCCCUAAAAAACGGAGAUCCUACCGCGCACCCCCGCUUUCCGCUUCUCAUGACCAGCUAAUAGACCUGGCCAAGCUGGUCCGCACAGCGCAGGAAUGCCAGCAGCAGAGCGACAUCCUCCGCGGCUUGCAGGACCAGCAGCUGGCGGAGAGCAUCCGGACACUGCAGCUCCAAGUACAAAGGCUGCAAAACGCCGUGUUCUGCAACGAGCGCGACACGUACUGCAGACAGCCCACAAGCGGCUGCGGCGGCGGAGGCCCUGCCGUCGACGCAGAAACAGUUAAAGUCGCUUCACGGCAGGAUGACGCGGCCGCUGCGGAGGCGGCUGCCGCUGCCGCACCAGCAUCAGGUGGAAUGGCAGUGGCCGCGGCGGCAUCGGUGCAGAAGCGGGAGAGUGAGGCCAUAUUGCCACUUGCGUUGUGGAAGGACGAGCUCCAGAUUGUAAUCUCCCGUGUGGAGGCGCUGGAAGCCGAGGUAGCGCGCGCUGCAAAGGAGGUCCGGCAGGUCGAGGAAGUCCGCGAGCAAGGACAGGGCGGCGACUGCGGCGUUUGCGACUUAUCUGUGUUUGAAGCAGAGGCGGGGACGCGGAGGCCGAGCGCGGACACCGGCGGGCUGGUCUGCGGUGGAGGCGCCGCCGUCCCCGCCUUCAAUGCUGCGACGGUGGCCAGUCGUAGUGGGGAGGAUGCUAGGGAAGCAAGAGAUGUGGAGGAGAGGGAGCAUCGUGCCGGGGCGGGGCAGGCGGAUGGCACCGUGAAGCAUGCAGAGGCGGCGGUGGCGGAUGGCCACCGUGUGGGCAGGGACAGGGAUCUUGGGCGGCCUGCAUCAACACCAAAUGGCGCCCCGGAGGACGGGACACAGGUGGCCCCAGCUGGCGGGAGUGGCUCAGUGACGACGGUUGUAGCGGAAUCAGCGGCUGCGGGGCCGGCGGCGACGACCAGUGGCCGUAGCGCCGCGACGGCAACGGCGAGGGAUGCGAAUAGUGCCGCCCACUGCCCUCCUGGACCCGGUCCUGGAGGCGGCGCCUGCACAGUAGGGCCCGGUGCUCUCCAGCAAGGGCAGCAACAGCACAGUUCCUACAACCAGGACCGUCAGCAGCAACAGCAGCUGCAGCUGCCUCUGUUUCCGGCCGAGCUGCAGCUGGCGGUGGAAAGGAGCGCCCGGGCGGCAGCGGAGGCGGUGCUAGAGGCGUGGGAAGCGCGCGGCGCGGUGCGGGCGGAGGCGGACACGGCACACGUUCGGGCGAUUGCCGCAGAGGUGCAGCUGCCCCUCCGGGGCCGAUGGUUGUUUCGGGGCGACUCGCGGGUCAUCAUGUUGAACAGCUUCCGGAGGCCCGAGACCACUGCCAGUGUCAGUUGGCUCGGCAGGCCCGUGGUCGGUGUGAAGGGCUGGAGGGCGCUGUGGCGGCUGCACGAGGCGGUCCGUUGGAGGCCAGGCGAGGAGGGGACGUGUCGUGCCUCACGGUGGUGUAAGGGAUGGCAGCCAUGUCCGCCAUGUAUCAUCAUACCCUGUGCCGCACCGGCCCCAAUGCCGCGAUUGGCUGAUGGCGCAGCAUCUGUCCCACAGGAACAGAAGCCAACGCCGGCGCAGCAGCCAACGCAGCUGCAACAACUAUGCAGGCAUCAGCUGCCGCUGACAACGCCGCCGUCAGCCCCCCCACCGCCAGCCCCGCCGCUGCACCACCACUACCAGCACCAGCGACGGCUGCCUGCGGCAGCCCUGCCUGCUCAGGCCGUUCCAACGGGCUGGCCGACGGCGCAGACCUUCCCGGGACCCCCUCCAAGCACGGGGAGCCAUUAUAACGCAGCUCCGUUGCCCGUGGUCUCCCUUGCGGAGCUGUCAGCCCCGUCGUGUGAGGCCCCAGCCAUACCGCCUCUCCCGGCCCCUCCGGCCUGUCCGCAGCCAACGCUCCAGCCGCAACCGUCUCAGCCAGUGCUAUCGCAUGUUCAGUUGCGGCAGCCGGUACCUGAGACUCCAGCAGCGCUGAUACGGACCAAGGCCGCAGCCUCCCUAGAGCAGCGGCUUGCAACUUGGGGUUACGAUAGCGGCAGCAGCGCCGUUGCUGGAGCCGCUGUCGGUAUUGCCAACCGUGAUGGGGACCCAAUGCUGCUUGUAAACGACACGGCGACGGCCUUAGGCGCGGCGGCAACUUUUCAAGGCGUGCGCAUGGAGCUGCCGCCGCUGCCCAUGUCACUUCCGCCGCUACUGCCGCAGGCGGCACAGGAGCUACAGCCGCAGCUGCCUGCCGCCACGGCAGGUCCCGACGGCAUCACGGUCGCCGCACACCUGCUCGCACCUCAGCAGGUUCAGUUCCUAGCGCAGACACAGGCGCUGCCUCAGGCUGAAAGUGCAAUACCUGGGACCAAGGGUGCACUUUUCUGUCCAGAAAAGCACGAGCCGGAUGCCGAUCCGCAUGGAAUGUUGCGACACAACGAACCAAGUGCGCCGGAGCGGUCACGAGCGCCGGCACUCGCUACAGCCGUUAUCACGAGCGGCGCAGUAAGCGCAGUCCGCGGCGGUGGCGGCGGGAGCAGCAACCUUCGCCCACCGUCUUUGCAAGUGGCGCCGGCAAUCCAAGCGCCAAACGGGGAGCUGUCGCUGCUGUCACAGGACGAUGUACUGCUGUCAUCCCCGCCGGUAAGGCGGUGUACCUCCCAGUUAAGCCCUCACAGCGAUGUGGCGCCGGCCCGGUACCGCUGCACUGCCCUGGGCUCCAUGACUCGGCGUGGCGGCGGCGAUGCCGGCACCGGCGGCGGCGGCGGCAAAAGCCGCGGAGGCAGCGGUACUGCCGUGGCCACGGCGGCCAGGGGCUUAGGUGCAUGGCGCCGUGGCGGCUUAUUUGAUCAAGAUGAUGGCCUGAGCCGCUGGGGCUGGCCAAGCGACGAGGACGUAGAGGAGGAUAAAGGGAUAUGGGGUGACGAGGAACGUGAGGAGGAAGAGGAGGAGAAGAGGCGCGACGCCGUUGCGCGUGAGAGGGCGGCUGCAGCAGCUAAGCGACUGAUCAGUGCCCAAAGACGUGCAACGGACGGGGCAUCUCCGUUGUCCGGGACUCAUCAGGGUGUCAAGUCCGAGCGCAGGGCCACCACCACUGUUGCGGCCGCGGCUGCCAGAAGCAGCACCAGCAUCCUGUCCCGUGCAGGCAUUGGCAUGGCGGCUGGGACUUCGGCGUCUUCUGCAGCGGCGGGCAGGCAGGGGCUAACGGUUGGUGUAGGGCUUGCGCGGUCAGCCUCCGCGACCAGGCUGGGGCGCGGCGGGGGCGGUGCCAGCAGUGCUUCGCCUCGUGCGUCGCAAAGCGCCAGACAGCUGCAGCAGCAGCCUUAUCACCAACACCAAUUCCAUAACAAUGGAACCGCGGCGGCAUCGACAUCGGAUGUAGGGCACAGCCGCUCCGGCGCCUCUGCCGUACCCACCAGCACUGCCGCAGCCACAUGCAAAAAGGCGACGAGGAUAAGCCGCGCGUCGGGGCCGCAGCCGUCAGGCCGAGCGUCGGCCUCGUUCGGCUUCAAUGGCAUCUGCACGGAUGAUGCAGCGUUCGGCAGCGGCGGCCGCAAAGGCGCCGCUGCGACGCCGCCCCUUAAGCGUGGCGGCGGCGCACGCAAGGUGCUGAACCGCCCCAAUCCAGAGCUCGAUUUGUUCUUCUCGAGCUGCAGCAGCGCGACAGAGUCACCAAGGACUUCACCUUGGAAGCGGAGGUGCAGAAGGCCAGGGCCCAGCGCUGGUGGCGCGGACGCGGCGACACCCAUCCAUGCACUGGGCCGACGGACGGGUGGCCCUGCAGCCGCUGUCGCCAGCAGCCCGAAGGGCGCCGCGGCACCGGAGGACAGGCGCGGCAGCAACGGUGGAGGGGUUGGCGGCAGCAACCGGCACCAAGGCCCCGGCAGCCCGCUCAGGCAGGCGGCGGCUGUGGCUGCGGCAGCGGUAAUGGCAGGCAGCAGGGCCAGGUUGCAGCUGACACGUGGCAGCAUAGCGUCCCCCACCGCACGUUAA